AUUCUUUUUGUGAAUCCAAUCUUCUUAAACCUCCUAAUUGCCAAGCCUAAUUAAAUUGAUAACCCUAGAAGGACUUUUUAAAGCCAAAGAUUUCAAAUUUGCUUGUUGCUUGCGAUUCCUCGAUCCUCUAGUCUCCAGUCUCUUCUACCACUCUACACUGUAACUCUUUUUGUUUGCUCAAUCCUCUGUCCUCAACUCCUCAUCUCAUCUAUGAUUCCCUUCAAGAUCAAGAUCUCACCAUGCUGUCACUAGCCAUUGUGCUGUGCAACCACAACAAUGCUUCUGUUUGCUCAAUCCUCUAUCCUCAACUCAUGAUCUCAUUUGUGAUUCCUUUCAAGAUUAAGAUUUCACCAUGCCGUCACUACCCAUUGUGCUGUGUAACCAUUGCAAUGCUCACCGCUCACCAUUCACCUCUAGCUCCAAGGUUGGGUAGUCCUUCUCAAUCCUCACCUUCAAGCUCUAACCGUGUCGUCACUACCCUUGAAAUCGACAAUGGCUAGCUAUUGCUUGAGUUGCCUCCACUCCACUCAUGGGUCACCGCUCACCUUCAGCUUAGGUCGUCCUUCUUCCUCUACGGCUCUGCCUCCAAUUCUCAAGCUUUUCAACUCCAACCUCCAAGUAUCAAUUAGCUGUAGUUUUUGAAGCUACAGUUUUUAUGCUUUAGUGCUUAUGAUUUAGACUAUUGGAAUAGAUGAUAGUUUUAUUU